AUGUUGCGGCAGAUCAUCGGCACACUUGUGCUCCUGCUGAUGCAGGUGUUCGCGGUGACAUCGCAGCAGCAGCCGACAUCUUCCACGACUGCUUUGACUUUCAAUCCAACCAGUUGCGGUGAAAUCAUCAAUAAUGAGGAAGUUUCUAUAUUCGACGCGAGCCAAGCCCACAAAUGCCUGACGAGCCUUCCGUUCCGCGCAGAUAUUGCCAGUCAACUUGUUCAAUAUGUCAACGACAUGAUUCAGUUCCAUAGUACUCUCGCCUAUUUGGCCGAUCCACCACAAAGCUACCAGCAGCCGGCUGUUGACCUCGUGUCCGGGCUGUCUCAGUUCCAACGCGAUAUUGACAAUAAUGUCUUCCGCAAUGAAUAUGCCUUUGAGGCAGCUCUGAACCACUUGAUCCAUGCUGCCCAUGAUGAUCAUCUUGAACUCGUCGGCGGCGCACUUUCUCGAUUUACAUAUGCAGCCCCUUACCGUAUCGUGUCUGUCUCAUCGGACGGGGUAGAGCUGCCCAAGGUCUAUAUCUCAGAGGAUUUGCUCGCCAACGAAACGAGAUACCUUCCUUGGCAGUCGUCGGCUAUCAGAACCAUCAACGGCCAGGAUGUCGUUGAGUACCUGACGCAAUUUGCUGCUGUUAACUCCUUCGGAAAGCUUGAGCCUCAUGCAGAUUGGAAUAUGUUGAUGCGAAGUGCGGCAUUGGAGAUCCAAGGAAAGCGGGAGGCCUUCCACGGAGCUGCCACCUACCCAGGGGACUUCAUUACAUUCACAUUCGAGAACGGUACGACGGUAGGUCCGCUUCCGUGGGAGGCUUUAUUCUGCUGCAAUGGGGGUGUUGGACCGCUGCAGACGGGGGACGAACUCUAUGAUUUUUUUGUCUUAGGCCACUAUCCUGCGUCAUACGACGAAAACCUGGAGGCAGACAUGACGACUAUCUCCAACCGAGCAGCGCCCGCCAUAACUCCUUUGAACAAUCCAGCAUACCCCCCAAAAGCUGAUGUCACAGAGGCAAGCUACACUAGGGACGGUGGAGCACUUCUAAGAGGGUACUUCUUGCAUGAUUCCUCUUUGGCCGUUCUCAGCAUCCCACAUUUUGUGGUUGAUAGAAAAGCGCCCCAUUCAUUCAGCAACGCAGUCAAGCAAUUCCUCGCGCAGAGCACCAAAGCUGGCCUUAAGAAAGUAGUUAUUGAUGUACAACAGAACCCGGGUGGAAGCCCUCUGCUGGCACUUGAGACCUUUAAGAUAUUUUUCCCUUCCAUUAAACCGUGGGCAAGUAGUCGUCGACGUGUUCAUCCAAUGGCAAACGCUCUGGGUUCUGCCCUAACAACCUACUGGCAAAACCUUACCAUGGAUCGCCCGGAGUAUUACAACUUAACAGCCAACGAGUGGGUGGUAACCGGCCGACUAGACCUAGACACUGGGAGAAACUUCACCUCGUGGGAUGAUUUUGUCGGCCCGACAGAUCGUUAUCGUGGUGAUGGCUUUACGAAGAAGCAAUACAAUUUAUCAAGCACCUUAUUUACCAUGAAGGCAGCUGGAAUUGAAAUCGACGGGCAUGAUAAUGGUCAGCCAUAUAAACCAGAGGACAUCAUUAUCUUGAGCGACGGACUCUGCUCGUCGGCAUGCGCACUUUUCAUGGAACUUAUGCAUCACGAAGCGGGAGUGCAAACCGUUGUAAUUGGAGGCCAACCCAGUUAUGGGCCGAUGCAGGCACCGAGCGGAAGCCGCGGAGCAGCCCUUUACAAGGCUGAGAAUAUGCAUCGAGAUAUUGAACUGGCGCGAGGCAUCGACAAAUCUAGGCAUGUGGACUUACCCAGCCGCACACAUGCGUUCCUAAUUACUACCGCCACGGUCAAUCUCCGAGACCAGGUCCGGCAAACUGACUCCUCCGCCACGCCCUUACAAUUCCUUUAUGAGGCUGCUGACUGCAGAAUAUUCCUUGUUCCUGCGACCUGGUACAACUAUACCAAUCUCUGGAAGUAUGCUGUAGACGCAAUAUGGCAGAACCCCGCGUUUUGUACUAAAGGCUCGAGGACGGAUCAUACCCAGCCGACUCACCCUUCAGUGCCAGGCAAGCCAUACAAUGCGAGCAGUACUCUAUCGAAUCUGGCGGACUCACAAUCGGAGGGGCAUCCCUCAAGUCUACAAGAUGACUCCAACUUUAUCUUGGACAAAGUUGGGUCGCCGGGUAAAUUGGAGGGGCGUCCAUGCCAGUUGCACACCGACUGUGCAGGGCAGUUAUCAUGCCAGGAUGUCCAGGUCUGUGGGAUUGAACAGAAUUCCCAGAAAGAAUUCUAUGGAAUACCAGAAAAGCAGAAGCGAUGCGUUGAAUGGUGUGACAACUACACCAAGAAGUGCGUUGGUUGGGGGAAAACUUGCUAUCAGGAUAACGAUCCCAUCCUUGAGCAGCCAUUUCCAGGAGAGACGAUGAAGGCUUCGAUUGCUAUGGCACAAAAGACACCCUUACGUGCUAUAACCGGGUGA